UUAACCCGUUCACAACAUCUAUCACGAUUCUAACAUCAUACAUGAAAUAUAAAUCCUAACACAAUCGAGCAGCGACUGGAAUGAGACACAGAAGUGGCACAGCUCUUCUAAACCCCACUGUGCCUUAACGUUCAUGCCAAACAAACUUCAUCCCUGGAGAGAGAAAGAGAGAGAGAGAGAGAGAAGGAGGGGUGGGGAUUGAUAUAUCCACCAGGCUCUGAAGAGCCAACAGCUUGAGAUCAGGUUGAGGAGCAAGUAUGAAUGUUUCUCUGGUUCUGUUGACUGCCUUCCUGCUGCUAAAUCGCCUCUCUGCCGAGGAGGAUAAGCUGAACGAUGUGAUUUCAUCUCUAGACAUGGCAACUUCGUUCUUCGAAAGCGAAUACGACAAUAUUAAUUUGGACGGGGUGGUGGGAUAUCGUCUGUUGCACGUUCAGCUGGAAGAUGCUUUAAAGCACUGGUCAAUUUCAGGACACGAAGCUGUCUUACAACGUACAAAGGUGGUUGACCUACUCGCAAGACUGGAAAUCCUCGCAGAGAAAGCCAUCGAGCAACUCAAAGCAAACGACCCCAAGUACUUCAAAGCCUUUGAGCCUCUACUAAACACUGAUUUCUGGACUCUCGAUCCGGUGUGGAAAGAAACAGACCCCAAACUGGUUUAUCUUAAGUCGAGAGCAACAGAGUGUUUUCCUGAAGAUAUCAGUGACAAGUGUAUGACUCAACUGCUGGGUACUUGGAAUGAUUAUGGGCUCCCAUGCCUCGUCAGCAGUACUUGCAGGAACCUGAUGACAGCUUUUGGUUGCCCAGAUUAUUCCAUUUCACACCAGCUGUUGUAUUUCCUCAUCGCCGAACUAAAAAAGUGCUCAAACGUUCUGGGAGCUCAGCGCAGGAGAGAAUCGCACGUUUCGUUCAUUGUCCAGGAUUAUAAAACGAUCUUCUGUUCCAAUAUCAUGCAAAGAAACCUGCAGAUCGAAGAUAAUGACUUUCCACUGCACCUGCACGAUUUAUUUGUGGAAAACAUAAUGGUUUGCGGACUGGCCGGAUUCUCGGAGUUCUACGAAACUCGAUGGCUUGAAAACAUUCUGACUUGGCAGGAAACUACAGACGGUUGCUUUGGCAAAUCCAACAAUUCUGCAUAUACAUCAGUGAAAGAACCGUAUAAGUUGACAGAACACAAGCGAGUAAAAAGGAGAGAAAAAUUGUUGAAAGGUGGUUGCUCAAGCCACAUGACUGCUGUUGCUGUAGCUGCCCUCGGGGGUUACCUCCGCUUCUAUGGAACAAGGCAGAACAUUACUGUUAUAUAGCAACACUAUUGCUUGUUCUUUGGAUUCCACUGAAUCAUUAGUUUUAGCUGUGUCUGUAUCAACCUCAAAGGUGUACACUUGGUUUCCUCUCCUAUUCGUGGUAGUACUCUAUUGUAAUUUGGUCUUGUUAGUGCCCAACGCGUUGACAAUUAUGUGCGUCUCAGAUUCCCAGAAAAACAUUAGUUAGUCGCUGAUGUACGUCCUAGGAUAUGGUGAACAGCUAUUUCAUCUUCCCUUUCUCAUAUAUUGGUGGCUGAGGUAGAGCUGCUAAUAACAGAGGGGAGAGAAAAAAAAAAAUGCGCUUCAAAACAAAUUGGG